CCCCUCCAGUUCAUGUUGAUGGUGUGGUUUUACUAAACAGUGAAACACGUGCACAGUGCAAUGCUUGGAUCUUCAACGAUAAAUGUCCAUAAAUUUUAAUACUUUUACCAUUUAAAGGAAGGCAGUGUCUGUAAUUGAACUGACAAUGCCUGUAAUAACUAGAGUAGUCAAACCCACCACUCAUAGAGGUAAGCGAGCUAUUUUAAAAAAAGAGCCUAAAUUAAUAGAAGAUGCCAAGCAGACUCUAUGCUUCAAAGGAAAGAACACUUCUCAAAUUGUAGUAGACCUCAUGAAAGAUCUGUAUGAUUUUAAAAAACCAAAUGCUGCAUUGAUGCAAAAGAAAAAUGAUAUAUUGCCAUUCGAAGAUGUGACUCUCAUUGAAAAGUUUUCUACUAAAACUAACGCGUCUCUUUUCAUGGUAGCUUUACAUAAUAAAAAACGACCUCAUAAUUUGGUAUUGGGUAGAAUGUACGAGCAUACGUUAUUAGAUAUGGCAGAGUUUGGUAUAGAAAAUUACAAAGGUUUAAAGGAUUUUAAAGUUCCAAAAAUUUCUGAGGGGAUAAAGCCUCUGUUAGUUUUCAAUGGUGAACUUUUUGAAAAUAAUUACGAGCUUGUUAGAAUAAAGAAUUUAUUUGUGGAUAUGUUUCAAAGAGAAGCAGCUGAAAACAUUCAGCUACAAGGCCUUGAACAUGUCUUGAGUUUCACUGCUGUUGAAAAUAAAAUACUUUUACGUAGUUAUAGGAUACUUUUAAAAAAAUCUGACUGUAGAACACCAAGAAUUGAAUUAGAAGAAAUAGGUCCAAGAGCAGAUUUAUUGCGUAGACGUACAAAGCUUGCUUCUGAAGAUCUCUUUAAGAGAGCAUGUAAAAAACCAAAAGAAUUGAAGGUCAAAAAGAAGAAGAAUAUUUCCAAGGAUAAUCUUGGAACAACCUUUGGGCGUAUACAUGUCGGGGCACAGAAUAUUAAUAGUAUUCAAACAAGAAAAAUGAAAGGGUUAAAAAAGACAAUAGCUGAAAAGAAAGCUGGUAUUAAAAGAAAAAAUGUUGAUGAAACGAAUGAUAGUAAUUUUAAAAAAUCAAAGAAUGUUAUGGGUUCAUCUGAUUAAUUAAGUUCGAGAUUAAAUGUAUAUAUAAACAUUUUUUUAUUUAAGACAACAAUUUACAAUACAAAUUC